UGUAAAAGAAAGUGCAGGGGCGCCAAUACGAAAAUUAAGAGGAUAAGAAAAGCAAGUGCAGACCACCAUUUUUCCUCCACCUCUCUCCUCCUUUCUUCAUCAAACAAUGGCAACCAUGGGAGCUGUCAGUUGUUGCUGGUUCAACCGAAUAACUUCCCCAGAAGCAGCUCGCCCUUCUCUUUCCUCUCACUGUUUUCUCCCUCCGCUCCAUCCCACAUUUCGCGCCUUCAUUUCUGUGGCCGCCAAUUGCAGCUAUGGAAAUGUCGCUUCAACAACAAGUAUCUAUGAUUCUUCCUCUUAUGGGAGUAUUUCUAGAGAGGCAGAAAUAAUCUCUCAUAAAAGUUUUUUUGGAAAGCCGGAAGGUGAAAGAGAUUUUACAAUUAGACAUCGUGAUGGCAGAAACAAAGGCAUAGGACGGAAGCAAUUAUCAGGCUUUCAGUCUUUUGUCAUGCAGAGGAGAGACAAGAAAGGGUUUGCAUAUGAAUUGAAGGAGCAGCAGGCUGAGGCAGGAAAUCUUCAAGAUGCAACUUUUUUGAAUGCUGUUGUGAAGGUGUAUUGUACUCAUACUGCACCUGAUUAUUCUCUUCCUUGGCAAAAGCAAAGGCAAUAUACUAGUACUGGAAGUGCCUUCAUGAUAGGUGAUGGCAAACUUUUGACGAAUGCACAUUGUGUUGAGCAUGAUACACAGGUGAAAGUGAAGAGGAGGGGUGAUGAUACAAAAUAUGUUGCGAAGGUUUUAGCCAGAGGUGUUGAUUGUGACAUAGCAUUGCUUUCUGUGGAAAAUGAGGAGUUCUGGAAAGGAGCUGAGCCACUGCGUUUAGGUCGGCUACCACAUCUACAGGAUUCAGUCACUGUUGUUGGAUAUCCCCUUGGAGGAGAUACAAUUUCUGUGACAAAGGGGGUGGUCUCACGAAUAGAGGUUACAUCGUAUGCUCAUGGGUCAUCUGAUUUGCUUGGCAUUCAAAUUGACGCUGCCAUUAAUCCUGGUAACAGUGGAGGUCCUGCGUUCAAUGACCAAGGGGAGUGCAUUGGUGUUGCGUUCCAGGUACUCAGAUCAGACGAUACGGAGAACAUAGGAUAUGUGAUUCCAACUACUGUUGUGUCUCAUUUUUUAACAGACUAUGAAAGGAAUGGAAAGUACACAGGUUUCCCUUGUCUUGGUGUAAUGCUUCAGAAGUUGGAGAAUCCAGCUUUACGCUCCUGCUUAAAAGUGCCGUCUAAUGAGGGGGUACUAGUGCGCCGAGUGGAACCCACUUCAAAUGCUCAUAAUGCCUUAAAGGAGGGUGAUGUGAUCGUGAGUUUUAAUGAUGUCAGUAUUGGCUGUGAAGGAACCGUGCCCUUCCGAUCAACUGAGCGUAUUGCAUUCCGCUAUCUAAUUAGUCAGAAAUUUUCAGGUGAUGUUGUUGAGCUUGGCAUCAUUAGAAAUGGGUCUCAUAUGAAAGUUCAGACAGUUAUAAACCCGCGCGUCCAUCUGGUACCAUUUCAUAUUGAAGGAGGUCAACCUUCAUAUUUCAUAGUUGCUGGAUUGGUGUUCACCCCACUCUCUGAACCACUUAUAGAAGAGGAAUGUGAAGAAGUUAUGGGGCUGAAACUAUUGACAAAAGCAAGAUAUUCGUUGGCACGAUUCAAAGGAGAGCAAAUAGUGAUCCUAUCACAGGUCUUGGCCAAUGAAGUGAAUAUUGGAUAUGAAGAUAUGAGCAAUCAACAGGUUUUGAAGUUAAAUGGAAUACAAAUCAGAAACAUUCAUCAUCUAGCUCAUCUCGUCGAUUCUUGCAAGGAUAAGUAUCUUGUAUUCGAGUUUGAAGAUAAUUACCUCGUUGUAUUAGAGCGUGAAGCAGCUACAGCUGUCUCAUCUUGUAUUUUAAAAGAUUACGGGAUUCCUUCUGAAAGAUCUUCUGAUCUAACUGAGCCAUAUAUGGAUAACAAAUUAGACAAUAACGAUGUAGAUAACGAUUUGGGGGAUAGCCCUGUUUCAAACUUGGAAAUUGGAUUCGAUGGGCUUCUUUGGGCGUGAUUCAUCUCGAAUUUUUACCUCAUUACCGACUUCCAUUUUCUCUCAAUUGGCCAUAUAUUCAACAUCUGCUAGGUCACUGCAGAACCUCGUCAAAGCGUCUGCUGCACCGUAUUUUUCAGCUGAAACCGAGUCGCCAGUAUAUUCUCAAGUUUUGAUUAUCCGAAGACUACUACAUAUGUUGAGAGCACAAGGGCUAUAGGCAGAAACAAGGCUGUUAAACCAUCUUUGUAAAGUUUUGCUGUAACAUUUUGUUGUAAUCACCACCAAUUAGAAUCCAUUAUUUUCCCCUUAGGCUAUAUUCAUGUUCAAAUCCAUUUUGUUGAGUCCUAGUAUGAGCUAGUCUAGCUUGACAAUUGACAGUGAUGAAUCUUCUAGAUGCUUCGCUUA